AUGGGCCCAGGUAAAGGACUGGACACAUUUCAGAGUUCAAAGCAUGGUAAACGGAUCCUGACUAAGGAGUCAGAAUACCACGUGGUCUUCAUUCUGAUUCUUUUUCCUCAACAGAAAAUGAAAACCUUAGCAGAAAGAAGGAGGAGCGCACCAUCUCUUAUCCUGGAUAAAGCCCUACAAAAACGGCCUAGUACCAAGGAAAGUCCUUCUGCCAACAUGGACACGGGUGCAUUUCUGUCAUCAUCUAUGUGCUCCAAUAGGACUCUGCUAAUUGAUGGCCGAGUAGAACUCAAACGAGGCCUGCAAAGGCAGGAGCGACAUCUUUUCCUGUUCAGUGAUCUGUUUGUUGUGGCCAAAAGCAAGUAUAACAACAACUUUAAGAUAAAAAAUAAAAUUAAAUUAAGUGAUAUGUGGACAGCAAGUUGUGUGGAUGAAGUGGGAGAAGGCAACACCGAUGCCAUGAAAUCAUUUGUAGUGGGCUGGCCAACUGUGAACUAUGUGGCCACUUUCAGUUCCCCAGAACUGAAGGACAAAUGGCUCUCUCUCCUUCAGAGAUACAUCACUCUAGAGAAAGAGAAGGACUAUCCGAAGAGCAUUCCCCUCAAAAUCUUCGCCAAGGACAUUGGGAAUUGUGCCUAUUCUAAAACUAUAACAAUAACGAAUUCAGACACAGCGAAUGAAGUUAUCAACAUGUCUCUCUCAAUGCUAGGGAUAACUGGCUCUGACAGAGAUUACCAGUUAUGGGUCAAUUCUGGCAAAGAAGAGGCACCUUAUCCACUUAUUGGGCAUGAGUAUCCGUACGGAAUCAAAAUGAGCCAUCUUCGAGACACUGCCCUCCUGACACAGGAGUCAAAGGACUCCACCAACCCUUCCAGCCUCCAGGAGCCCUUCCUCAUGGAGCAGCUGCCCCGGGAGAUGCAGUGCCAGUUCACCCUGAAGCCCAGCCGCCUGGCUGCGGCCCUGCAGCUGAACGGUGAGUCGCUGCUCUUCCUUCAUAGAGCCUUUGAUUACCAAAAGUUUUUAUUCCUGAAAACAAAGUUUGCACAAAGGCAAAGAUCCAGACUUCAGUCAGAGGAGGAUAUUCUUUUUUUCCUUAAUCAAAAUGGACCCCUCACAAAAGGCAUCUUCAGACAGUCCGGCAAUGUGAAAUUGUGCAAAGAGCUGAAGGAGAAGCUGGACGCGGGAGCAGACGUGCCCCUGGAUACUGAAUCCAUUUUCGUGAUAGCGUCUGUUCUGAAG